AUGGAGGAUGAAGACGGGACUUGUCUUCUUGAUGUUUUAUGUGACCCCCAAGCACUGAACGACUUCCUUCAUGGAACCACUGAGCUGCAGACUGAAGACCUGCUCAUCAGCACCUCCUCUGGGGCGGCAUCUCUCUUUGCAGACACCCCAAGUCCCGGCUCGCUGCUGGGGGAUGGCGGAGGCUCCCCGAGUACACCCCCACCCGGCUGUGUGGAUCUCUCCUUCCUGGAGGAGGCCCUCCUCUCGUCACCUGAGGGUGCGGAUGACCCUGGGCAAGCGGAGGUGCCGCAGGGGCAGUCCCCGGUUGAGCCCGAAUGUCAGCCGAAGGAGGAGGAGGAAGAGGAAGUGACCUGCUGCGACAUCCUGCAGCAAAGCCUGAAGGAGGCAGACAUUACAGAGCAGACCGUUGCCCAAACAGGGGAGACGGUAUACCUUCCUGUGCCGCCGCCGCCCCCGCUGCCGUUUAUAGCCAAGGCUGUCGCCCAGGCAUUACCCAGGGACACUCAGUCGGCCGUGGAGCCCCCGCAGCCUUCCCUGUUGGCCGUAGGGCCAGGGUGCCCCUCUCUAAAACCUGCCCCUCCUCCUCAGCUGAUGGGGCUCCUGCCCGGGAACGUUUUUCCAGCCCAUUCACCAGAGAGUUCUUUGGUCCAAGGCUCCAGUAUGAUCAUUCAUAAAGCCAUGACCGCCCGGCCCCUCAUCACCCCGGCCCCAGGUAUCGUCCUACAGCGGGCCCCUCUCCCAAUCCAGCCAAAGCUAUCCAUUAGCAUUCAACCGAGACUGGUCCAAAUCAGCCCCAAGCCGCUGGGCCACAAACCUACAACGGGUCUCGCGCUAGUUCCCGGGACUGCCUCGCCAAAUAUUCUUCUUUCCCAGAAGACUUCCACCCCGGCCCCCGAGCAGCUCCCCAAACCUGUCAGCCUGCAGCUUCUCAACCAGAGUGGCUCCUUCAUGCUCCAGCCUCAAGGACUCUUUCAAGGCCAAAACCAGUUCCUUCUCCCAGGCCAGACCCAGGUUACCAUCACCCGACCUGCAGCCGGAGCUCUGCUGACCACUGCCCCGCCGGGCCAUCAAGGGACACCCUUCAGUGGGCAGAUUGUAGACAGCUCGCAGAUCCUAGCUGUACCACAGAGACAGCUGAACUUUAGCCCCGUGUUCACAACCACAGGACAACUUGCUCUCGGCCAGGCUGCAAUCUUUUCACCUACUGUCUUCCAGAUGCCGGCACAGCUCGCCGGGAGUUACGCCGAUAGCGGACGGGGGCAGAGGGCCUUGCUGCACGGACCGGCUUUGGCAAACCAAAUCACCUUGAUCAAUGGCUCUGGGAUGCUCCCCUCAGACCUACCCUCCAUAUCCAUCGUCAAUGCCUCCUCGGUGGUGCAGCGCCUACCUUUCAUGGCUCAGCCCCCACAGGCGGGUGUGGCCGACGCCAAGCUCGGACUCCAGACGGCCUCAGUGGUUCUUCUACAAGAAAGAGAUGUCCCUGAAGAGAAGAGGAGCUUCGACAAAAGUUUCCUUCGAGAGCAUUUGGGUCAGGCUAUUCAACAGCAGGUGUCAGUGCAGCCCGUUGCCCCUUCACCACCCGUGGCAACUGUUCUGCAACCCACAAGGGACCCAGCGCCGGCCCCCGACGCAGCCCAAGCAGUCGAGGACAUAUCCGAGUCCCUGAGCCAGAAUCACGACUUUAUGCAACAAAUGCAACAGCAAGCACGUGUCUCGCCCGUCACCUCAGACCUGUUAGUGACACCGGUGGAUUCGCUAACCCCGCUGGUAGACAAUGAGCAAGAGAGCCAGCCAUUCAGUACUGCAUCAGACCCACAUGCCAAUGCCUCGCCGUUCCCCUCCGAGACAGAGGACGCAUCCCUGCUGGACUCAUCCCCUUCGCUCAACGACUCCGCCCCAUUCCCCGAUGCAACCCCAAUUCCCGGGUUAGAAGGCUCCUCUCCAGGACCGCAAGUCCAGUACCAGUUUCCCCAGCAGUUCCAGAGCUCAAAGGAUUUGUUUGUUGACAGCGGAGGGAUACUUGCCUCGCCGUCCCAAUCUCUAUCCUCUGAGCAUAGUUCAGUCCCUGGCAUCUCAGUGCCUCAACAGUGGCCUGACCUCUCAGCUGCACCGACAACUGCCUUGGCCAUCGAGAGCGACGUCCUGACUCUAGACAUCCACUCACCCUCCUCCAUUAACCAGCAGUGGCCCCAGGGUGGGCCCGCAGCGCCAAAGGAGGGUGUCCCCACGCCAAGAAACCAGCAGCUAGCAGGAAUGGAGCCGAAACCUUUGGAAACCCUAACACCAGCAACAAAACGCCACAGGUUCCAGCAGAUGCUUUGCUCAGACCAUCUGGCAGUCCAGAACCCGCACACCGGCCCGGCCUUCUGCAGUCUGACCGAGGCUGCAUGCCGCCUGUUGCCGUACCAUGCCUGCGCCGGACACACGCCCUCCCAAGAGGACUUAACUUUAGUGGAUCAAGAGUUUGACAUCGUUUCGGGGUUCCUGCUGAAGCGCAGCAAGGACAUGGUGAACAAAUACAGGCAGCUACUAGUCAGGGAAACAUGGCAGGAGAGUCCAUCCGCUGAGAUGGUGAUGCUGGAACGUCUCUUCCUGCAGGCAGAGCGCUUUUCUUUCGGAGAGGACAGACGGCGGGCACAAGGGGACCCAGAGACUUUUCUGAAGUCCUUGACCUCAUCGGCAUCUGCAUCGGAGCCUCGAUCAGCAGCCCCAGCCUGGAGCAGAAUGUCAUAUCGUCCACCUGGACUCAAGACAUACCGCUCUAGUUCGCGGGGUGCUCUCAGGCUCACCAUCAAGCAGGAAUGUGGCUCCCGAAUGGUGGUGCACAGUUCCUUUGGGGACCUCGCUCUGAAGCGGGACCGUGCGGGUCGGCUGUCCAAUGGAGCGUCACGCCGUGAGGACAAGAUCCCCGACGGAGCAGAACCCAAAAAGAAAAACCUUCCAGAAGCAUCCCUGCGGGACGCCCCUAAGGUGAAAUGCCUUAGGCUGGACGUUCCGCUGCCUCUCAGUCCGCCGCCUGGAUCCCUGCAGGAAGACAGCGUGCUCAGUGAACACCUGCAGAGCGCCAUCGACAGCAUCUUGGAGCUGCAGCGCCUGCAGGGGGCGUCAGCAGAAAAACUUACAAGAACCCACGACCAGUCAGUCACCAGCGCCUUAGAGGGCCACUUGUGA